UCUUGAGCCAGAGGGGAAAGUAUUUGUGGUAAUAACCCUUACCGGGAGUUUCACUGAAGCUACUCUCCAGAGAGACCGGAUCUUCAAACAUUUUACCAGGAAGCGCCAAAGGGCUAUGCGAAGGCGAGUCCACCAGAUCAAUGGACACAAAUUCAUGGCCACGUAUCUGAGGCAGCCCACCUACUGCUCUCACUGCAGGGAGUUUAUCUGGGGAGUGUUUGGGAAACAGGGUUAUCAGUGCCAAGUGUGCACCUGUGUCGUCCAUAAACGCUGCCAUCAUCUAAUUGUUACAGCCUGUACUUGCCAAAACAAUAUUAACAAAGUGGAUUCAAAGAUUGCAGAACAGAGGUUUGGGAUCAACAUCCCACACAAGUUCAGCAUCCACAACUACAAAGUGCCAACAUUCUGCGAUCACUGUGGCUCACUGCUCUGGGGAAUAAUGCGACAAGGACUUCAGUGUAAAAUAUGUAAAAUGAAUGUGCACAUUCGAUGUCAAGCGAAUGUGGCCCCUAACUGUGGGGUAAAUGCGGUGGAACUCGCCAAGACCCUGGCAGGGAUGGGUCUCCAACCUGGAAAUAUUUCUCCAACCUCGAAACUUGUUUCCAGAUCAACCCUAAGACGACAGGGAAAAGAGAGCAGCAAAGAAGGAAAUGGGAUUGGUGUUAAUUCUUCCAACCGACUUGGUAUCAACAACUUUGAGUUCAUCCGAGUGUUGGGGAAGGGGAGUUUUGGGAAGGUGAUGCUUGCAAGAAUAAAAGAAACAGGAGACCUCUAUGCUGUGAAGGUGCUAAAGAAGGAUGUGAUUCUGCAGGAUGAUGAUGUGGAAUGCACCAUGACUGAGAAAAGGAUCCUGUCUCUGGCCCGCAAUCACCCCUUCCUCACUCAGUUGUUCUGCUGCUUUCAGACCCCCGAUCGUCUGUUUUUUGUGAUGGAGUUUGUGAAUGGGGGUGACUUGAUGUUCCACAUUCAGAAGUCUCGUCGUUUUGAUGAAGCACGAGCUCGCUUCUAUGCUGCAGAAAUCAUUUCGGCUCUCAUGUUCCUCCAUGAUAAAGGAAUCAUCUAUAGAGAUCUGAAACUGGACAACGUCCUGUUGGACCACGAGGGUCACUGUAAACUGGCAGACUUCGGAAUGUGCAAGGAGGGGAUUUGCAAUGGUGUCACCACGGCCACAUUCUGUGGCACGCCAGACUAUAUCGCUCCAGAGAUCCUCCAGGAAAUGCUGUAUGGGCCUGCAGUAGACUGGUGGGCAAUGGGUGUGUUGCUCUAUGAGAUGCUCUGCGGUCACGCGCCUUUUGAGGCAGAGAACGAAGAUGACCUCUUUGAGGCCAUACUGAAUGACGAGGUGGUCUAUCCUACCUGGCUCCAUGAAGAUGCCACAGGGAUCCUAAAAUCUUUCAUGACCAAGAACCCCACCACGCGCUUGGGCAGCCUGACUCAGGGAGGCGAGCAUGCCAUCUUGAGACAUCCUUUUUUUAAGGAAAUCGACUGGGCCCAGCUGAACCAUCGCCAACUAGAACCACCUUUCAGACCCAGAAUCAAAUCCCGAGAAGAUGUCAGUAAUUUUGACCCUGACUUCAUAAAGGAAGAGCCAGUUUUAACUCCAAUUGAUGAGGGACAUCUUCCAAUGAUUAACCAGGAUGAGUUUAGAAACUUUUCCUAUGUGUCUCCAGAAUUGCAACCAUAGCCUUAUGGGGAGUGAAAGAGAGGGCACGAGAACCCAAAGGGAAUAGAGAUUUUCCAGGAAUUUCCUCCAUGGGACCUUCCCAGCAUCAGCCUUAGAACAAGAACCUUACCUUCAAGGAGCAAGUGAAGAACUCUGUGAAGGAUGGAACUUUAAGAUAUCAACUAUUUCGAGUACAGAGGGAGCCAUGGCACUAGAAAUAGUUGAUCAUGAAAUGAGAUUUUAUGAAGUAUACUGCUCCACCUAUGAGCGUCUGUCGCUGUGGGCUUGGGAUGUUAACAGGAGCCAAAAGGAGGGAAAGUGUGAAGAAUAAAGUAGAUCUGAGAAAUUCUGAGCCAAUCAGGCUUCUUAAUUCAAGAGACAAACCAAGACUUUCUGUCAACUCUGCUGUGCUCUUCUUUAAGCCAAUGAACCCCAAUUCCUGGCAGUCUACAAGAAGUCUCUUAAUGCUAAUGAAGAAUUUAAAGGUCUUUUUAAGGAAAUGAAGGGCUUUCCAAAUAGAAUGAUUUACUCUGAAGAAACAAACAAUGGUAUCUCUGAAACUCACAACCUAAAGCCCAAUCUUGAAAAUAUGUUGUGCACCAAGACAACUGCUUCAGCUUCUUCUCUUAUCCUUACUUUCUUUAAUAGAUAUUUAUUAAAGUGUCCAGUGAAAAGGUGCCACAAUACCCAGUAUUGUAAACAACAGGUUUGCAUUCAUGAAGCUUUCAUUCAUUCUGGAGUCUACUAAUUUACCUGAAUGGUGUUUGCAUUCUGUGAAAUGCCUCUCCAUGUUGCAUAUGUCACACUUUUGUCUGCACAUAACUCUUUUUUCACAAGAAGGGUCACUGCCACAACAGCACAGUCAGCGAGCGAAUUACAGGUGCCUGCUGCCUGCCUACCUGGGGAAUCUGAUCUUGUCUAUAUCGCUGUGUGCUCGUCACUGAAGAAUUGCAGGCCACUCAUGUCAGUGACCAGAUUUGUGGCUUAUAAACAUUAGCAGUUUAUUUAUGUUUUAAGAUGCAAAGAUGUGUGUUUGAUAUUCACUUUAAUAAUUAGAAAUGGAUCUUAUAAACAGGGCAUAUAUCAAAGAUGACCUUAUAAUAUGUACCCGAAUAUACAGUUCAAGAAUUUUGUCUGACUGGAAAUAAAUGCAUUUUGUAGCAAAA